GCCUCCUUUAUCGCUCAUCCUCAAUAAACUCUUAAACACUGUCUUCAAUUUUGCAUUCCUGACGACUUUUGUGCGCUAUCCACAUUGAUUCCUCGAAAUUUCUUCCCUAGACACAACUUUUAUACACCAUUGCAAUGGAGAUGGAGCCCUCAUUCAUACUUCCUUUGACUCCCAUGUCAACCAAACAGCUAAGCUCAUCUUUAAGCAGCCUGCCUAACUCUCAGCCCCGGUCACCGUUCAUGCUUCCAGAACUGGACCGUCUUAUUGCCAGUCACCUCGACCAAAUCACUUUAGCCAAUGCCUCGCGUGUAUGCAGGCUCUGGCACUCCAUUUUCAAUCCAAUACUCUGGAAACAGCUCACAUUGCAGCAUGUCACUGCAGAUGAUGACUAUGACGAGGACUUUAACUUUAUCCCGCGUGCUUCACCACCUUCAUUCCUACAUUCCCUCCCUUCCUCAUGUUCGUCAACGUGGUCUACAAUGUCCAUGUCAUCCUCAUCGAAUAUCCCAUCAGAUUCACCUCCUUCACCCGUAACUGUUCCAACUCCUUAUUAUCACAACCUAACUUUACUCCAGCAGGCAUUCAUUCACUCGAGCCGUAACAAGGUCUUGAAGGGUCUGAUUCGACAUGGUCAUUUGGUCCAAGAGCUUAAGGCCACAGGUUUAACAGACCAGGAAAUGGCAGUUGUUGCUGUCCUGUGUCCUAAUCUUCGUGUUCUGGAGCUCAUCGGCGGUCGAUAUAAUGCUGAUGAUCUUACGAACUUGUUCCAAAAGCGCCAAGAUUCGAUCCAAGUCGUUCGGUUUCGAUCUUGUGUUCAGCUCCGAGAUAUCUUCCAGCCUUUGAGAUAUCUAUCCAACUUGCACGAGUUUGGACUGUAUGGAUCGUUUGUGGGCAACACCAUCACGUCACCCUACUUUUUCGAGCGCGAUUUGUUCCCAGUUCUGAAUAGUUGCCCUCAGCUUCGUUCUGUCUUAAUUGAGCAGGUGUACAUCAUUGACCAAGAGGUCAAUCAAGGAAGGUGCGAGGGAGAAUGGGAUACCGGCGGAGGGGAUCAUGUCAACUUCCUUCUUCAAGAUGACAGCGACUAUAGUAGCAGUGUAUCAUCAACAUUGCCAGUUCAGCCGUUGGUGAUUUCGCCGACAAACUCCUUGGCACCAUCCGGCUCAAUUUUGUCUGCCCAAUUGAGAUCGUCCUCCUUCUUGCAUGGCUCGUCUGUGCGCAGCUCCGCCACUCAGAUAUACCCGACCUCUUUGCUCAAGUCACUCACCCUUGAUUGUGGAGACAUUCCUGAUGCAGUCAUCAUGGCAUUGCUUUCACGUUGCCCAAUGCUUGAACAGCUCUCCCUUGAUUGGAGUCGCAACCUCUCGGAUUCCUCUAUUCUGAGACUUCAACACAUCUGCUCCCAGGUUACAAAAAUUUCACUUGCUCGAUGUGAAGCACUCACAGAGGAUGGAUUCAAAGCUUUGUUUAAAGGAUAUCCAAACCUGCUCUCCGUUAAUCUUAAUGGAAAUGUUCUUUCCGAUAGUGUGCUUGAGGACCUGUCAUUGUCGUGCCGCUUCCUUGAAGAGUUGAGCAUUAACUCUUGCCAGAACGUGUCUGAUUUAGGAAUUCAAUCCGUGUUAUUGAAUUGCGCAUAUCUCUCAUAUUUCAGUCUUCGCUUUGUGCCGGGCUUAUCCUAUCUGUUGUUUGACGACAUUGUGACGACGACAGCAUCAAACGCGAAUGCGUCUAGUUCUAGCGUACCACUUCAAUCGGGCAUGCUAUCCACUAGUCCGCAAUUCAACUUUGCAGAUUAUAUGCAUGUGCCUAUACCCACAUCUGCGCCCUUACCCUCAUCUACAUUGACAAUCGGCCGUCGUCUUCGACUCAGACCUUGGGCUUGUCGCAGGACUCUCGGAUCGUUCCAUCUGCCAGACCUUGUUCAACCUAAUAAGGCUGUCCUGGAGAAAUGGAGGCGUCAAGAAAUGGUUUUAUCAUCCGACAGUAACAGCGGCUUUGCAUCUGCAGAGCUGGUGGGCGAUCAAUUGAUCCAGUGGCGUCUGCAGCAAAUAACACAAUUAGAACAUCUCACGAUCGGUGGAAAUAACUUGGAGAUGUUGGUUAUUCUUGAGGGACUACAAACCCCACGGGAGUUCAAAUCGUUGAGGAUCACGAAGCUAAAGCGGACCUUGACACUGACAGACGUUCAGUGGUUGAUUGAGCAGGCAGCACCCAAUCUGCAGAGGUUGGCGCUGCCUGUAUUUGGAAAUAGAGGUGCUAUCGAGUGGAUUGAAGAGCAACGACCAGGCCUCAUGUCUUUCGAGAAAUAAUUAUUAGACCCAUGUCAAACAAACAUUAAAC